GAACCCUAGCUCCCCCUACUUUGCAGUGGUUUCUUCCUAUCAGACACGUUCUGGGAUCCAAGAUGGCGCUGGAAAAACCUUUCAGCGAUAAAGACAGGUUCAUCUGUAUCUAUCCUGCGUACAUCAACAGUCGGAAAACCAUCCCACAAGGCAGGAGAAUCGCACAGGAGAAGGGAGUAGACAACCCCACAGCUACAGAGAUCAGAGAUGUGCUACAGGCUGGAGGCUUCAACAUUGUACUAGAGAACAAAGCGUACGGCAGAGAACUGUUCCACAGAGACCAGAACUUACGAGGUCGGAUCAGAGUUCAGCUGAAGAAUGAUGACGGCUCACCUGUAAACGUCAAGUAUCCCAACAGGAAGUCAGUGUACCUGUAUGUAGCAGAAACCAUUCCCAAGCUGAAGACCCGGGUGCACGCGUCAGGGGGCGCUUCUUCACAGCAAGGUGGUGACAAGGGCAAGAAAGGGAAGAAGAAGGGGAAGAGAUAGAAACAGCACCAAAUCUUGGCUUCUAAAAUAUAUCUUUUGUCACUAUACAGGGCUUGAAAUUAAUUUUUGGGAAUAGGUGCAAAAAAUUGGGUGCACAAAAAAUAUUGGGGUGCACCAUAUAAGGUAAAAUAAGUAGAAUGUUAGGAAAUGCUUGAUUUCUACAGAAAAAGUACUUCUACAUUAAUUUUAUUGUUUCUGACACUUAGAAUUUACGAAUAUGCUGUAUACUACCGGUACUACACAUUUAACAUACUAGUAUUAUGUAAACCUAUGAAAAUAUUUAGGUGCAGCUAGGUGCACCCAGUACAUGUAUUUCCAGCCCUGCUAUAGACUGUCUGCUAAGGCUGUGGCCAUUUAAUGAUUUGUCCUAACUUUUUAAAGAUCUGUUAUGUCUUCCGCAAUGUAAAAACGACUUGCUUUAGUUUAGUUAAAUUAUUCCGAGAUUUCAUACAAUUUCAUUCAUACUUGUAAUCCUUCAUUCAGCUUCGCAAAAUCUAACUUUCUGUCUUUCAAAGCUGGUAUUUUGAAGUAGUACGUUAACGUUGACCUCUGAACAAGACUACAUGGAAGUAUGGCUAUGAUGAAAGUACCUAAGUUUUGGCAAAUAAAAUAUUACCAUUCUACAUGUGA